UUAGUAGAGCUACAAAGUACAUACGCAUCAUAAUCGAAUAAUACAAUGAACAGGUUGUUUGGUGUUUUCGUUUUGAUUUUCUUUAUAUGUGUCAUUGGAUGUCAAACCGCUGUCAUAUCUGAUGCCAAUGUACCACCCUAUGGUAAUGAGGCAUCGUCAAGAUUGCAGAAACGAUCAGCGAUGCCUCAUGCGGAUAUACCCAACUGUCACGCUCUCAGACAUGAUGGAAGGUGUGCAACUCAAUUCGGGGGAAUAAGAAGUAGAGGACGCUCCAAUGCCAUGGCAUACAAAGGUGGAAAGACGGUAGAAAAGAAAACUGGUUUUUGGACAAAGGUUGGUGACUGGUUUAAAGGAUAAAACUUCUACAAAUACUUUAUGCUUUUUUGCUGUAGCAGGUUUCUGAAAAUAAAUUUUAUUUCAACACAAAUAAAAUUUGAUAUGCUUAAAUUA